UUCGUUCAUUCACAGACUAGUAAUGGAAUUCCAUCAAAUAGACUGUUUUAACAUCAACAUGAGGUUUUUCAAAUUUCUCGGUGUUUGGCCGGGUAACAAUCCGUGGCGCUUUUACAACUACUAUAGUAAAGCAUUCAUUAUGGCCUUUGUUAUUAUUUUCAUUUUACUGUUUUCCAUCAACUUUUAUUUCCUACCUAGACAAUUGGAUAUUUUUAUAGAAGAAACAAUCAUUUACUUCACUGACCUAGCAGUGACGUCUAAAGUUCUUACCUUUGUAUUUAUGAAUGAAGAAAUAACUGAGAUUUUAGACAUACUUGAAUGUGACUUGUUUCAACCCGAAGAUGAUGAAGGAAUGAUUAUUCUGGAAAAAGCUAAGAAGUUUAACAAGACUUAUUGUAAGAUUAUUAUGACUGUUUCGUAUUUAUCUAGUACGUUACAUAUUCUGUCUCCGUUGAUCAACCAUCUUGUUUUUGGCGUAGAGUUAUUGCUGCCGAUCUGUCGUUACGCUUUCAUUUCUGAUGAGUACAGAUUGAUGUUCAUUUAUCCUAUUUAUCUGUAUCAGAGUGUAUCCAUACAUUUCCAUGUGUUGUACAAUGUGAAUGUAGAUAUAUUCUUCUUUGGUCUGAUGGUGCUAGCAAUAGCACAGUUAGAUAUACUUGAUAAAAAGUUGAGGAAAGUCACAGAAGAAAAAAAGAAUGAAGAUACUGAUGGAGAGGUAUCAAGGACACCGAUAGACGAAAAUAAGAAAGACGUCAUGAAAAUAAAUCAAUGUAUCAUACAUUUCAUUAAAGUAUGCAGGUUUUGUGAGCUGAUCGAAGAAGUAUUCAGUGCGACAUUAUUUGUACAAUACAGUGCAGCGUCUUGUAUUAUAUGCGUUUGUCUGUCCAGAUUUACAAUGCCUGCAGAAAUGGGUUAUAUCGUAUUUUUGGCUUCCUACAUGUCCUUGAUGAUUCUACAGAUGAUGGCUCCUUGUUGGCUUGGUACUCGUCUUAUGGAUAAGAGCCAACUUCUCGCAUUUUCGGUCUACAAUUGCGACUGGAUAUCACGAUCGCGUCAGUUCAAGAGCAACAUGCGUUUCUUUGUAGACAGGGCUAACAAACCUCUCUCUAUUACUGGCGGCAAAAUGUUCAAGUUAUCAUUGGAUACGUUUACUUCUAUUAUGAACUCGGCUUAUUCAUUCUUCACUCUUCUCCAGCACUUUCAAAAAGAGUAAAAUUGUUUUUUUUUUGUAAUAGAAAAGCUUUGGAAUACUUUUAAGCUACCAUACUCUCCUCUAGUAAUAAGUU